CCCAUCUGGCAAGGCCUUGCAACAUAUGUUUUGAGACGAGACGCCAUUUCAGUAUGCUACUUCCCCGCUUUUGUUCCCUGAGCCUGCAACGAUGCACUAUGGCCUUCUACGCCGUAGCCAGUGGUCGGAAGGCCGGAGUCUACGCCACGUGGGCGGAGUGCGAGGAGCAGGUCAAGGGCUUUAAGAACGCCAAGUACAAGAAGUUCGGCACGCGCCAAGAGGCGGAGAAAUUCGUCAAUGGCUGCAAAUCGUAUGCUCCACAGGACGUGGCGGUGCCUCUGGGCCAGAAACAUGCUACUCCGGCCAGUUGGAAGGACAAGGUGGGGCAGAUCGAGAAGCCCAAGUACACAGAGGCCUGGCCCGAUGAGGAUGAAGACCUGGUAGAGGACGAGCUGAACGCUGCCAUGAACGAAGUGGAAGGAGAUCCCAAGCCAUCUGGUAGUGGCAGUCUGGUAGAAGGCAUCCACAGUCGCAAGAGAAAGGGGACGGAAGGAGGCACAGCCGAUACUAGAAACAAAAUACCAAGACAUGCAUCCCAGGUAUCCGAAGCCACAGGACUGAAGCAAGUGGGUGCCUUUCAGUUCGAAAUCGAUGCGGAAGGCUAUGUAAUUGUGUACACUGAUGGCUCCUGCAUAGGUAAUGGGCGACCAGGAGCCUGUGCCGGCUACGGAGUCUAUUUCGGCAAGAAUCACCAGCUAAAUGCUGCCAAGCCGGUGGAAGGUCGCGUUACCAACAACGUAGGAGAAAUUCAGGCGGCCAUACAUGCCAUCAAAACAGCUCUGGAUCUGGGAAUACAAAAACUGUCCAUCAACACAGAUUCACAGUUCCUGAUCAACUCCAUAACGCUGUGGGUGGAAAGCUGGAAGAGAAGAGAUUGGAAGCUGAAGAACAAUCAGCCUGUGAAAAACGUUGUUGACUUCAAGGAGUUGGAUGAGCUGCUUCACAACAAUAAUAUAGCAGUGAAAUGGAACUACGUGGAGGCUCACAAGGGCAUAGAGGGCAACGAAAUGGCGGACAAAUUGGCGCGACAAGGGUCCGCCUUGUAUAAGGAAAGAAAUUACUGAUAACCAUUUUUUGAAUUUAACAGAUUAUAGACAGAGUGGCAACGCUAAAUAAAUUGAAGUGUAUGGACAACGCCAAA